AUGAUUCCACAAUUACGUGAAUUUGACGUGAACGUUUGGCUUUCAGUACAAGCCGAAGAAUUGGCGUCUCGUCUUGCGAACAUUCAUUUCGACUACGUUUUCACGUCACCCUACGAUCGAUGCGUAGAAACCGCUGUAAGGAUUGUACGUGAACGUAAACUACCGAUCAACGUCGAACCUGGUCUUUCUGAGGUGCUUUGCCUUUGCGAGAAACCGGCUGGUUUCCGAGCACUGUCACUGCUGAAAGAAACAUAUCCAUUGAUCAACGUCAACUAUGUGCCAGUGUAUGCUCGUAGCGAUCUCGACUACGCAUUUGAGCGUCUUCAUUGUGAUUGGGUUUGUGUGCCUCGUACACGAACCACACUGCAGUCUAUUGUUGAUGACUACCGUGGUUCGUUGUUGGUGGUUACGCAUGGUGCUGUGGUCGGUGCGAUUCACGAGAUUGUAACCGGAAAGUGGAGUUCCGUCGGUCAAGCAACUGUGUCGAAAUUCACUCGUUUCAGAAGCGAACAAGGUUUCGUCUGCGAAUAUAGCGGUGAUUCGUCACAUCUUAGUAGUUUGGUGAACCUACGAGCGUUCUGA